AUGAAGUCGUCUUUGCUAGCAUUUAUCUUGAUCUUCCUUUUUAAAGCACUCGCUGUCCAUGGACUAUUCUUCGCAGUUCCCCAACCUGUAUACCGCAGAUGGACUGGGAGCAUAGUGACUACGACUCGUAGUCCCCCCUAUGAGACGGGAAGUAAUAGCACUGGGCACAAGCCGAAGCAGGAAAGCGGCGAUAAAAAACGUCAUAAAAAGGACAAGAAGAAGAAGGCUGACGAGAAGGAUUGGAAUGAUGUGUUGAAGAAAGAGGAAGACUCGGGAUCAAAGAAGAAAAAGGGAGAUCAGGCUAAGAAUAGAAAAAACGACAUAUAUGAUAGGACUGAGAAGAAGGCAUCUCAAACAUGA